AUGGCUAAUAACAAUUUACAGGUGAGUGAAUGUCAAGCUAGAGACAACAACAAAAUUAAUCAGUUAGCUAACUACUGUAGCUAACACAUGAUUGUAUCGUUAGUCUACUGUGGGUUCAGAUGCCGUGAUUAUAAGUUUUGUCUAGUUAAUAUGACUCUUGACCCAAAGUAUUUAAUGAAUUCGCAUCAACUAAGUGUGUAUGAUUACUGAUCAUCCAUUUACUAAUGCCAUUUUGACAUACCUUUGUGACAUCUUGCGGAACAAGAUCAUGACGUCAUGCUAAUGCCCUACCCUCUCCUGUUAUGGAUCUUCUUUAACAUAGCCCCUGCAUUGUGUUACAGAAAGCAAUAGAUCUUGCAAGCAAGGCUGCAGAGGAGGACAAGGCUAAAAACUACGAGGAAGCUCUCCGGUUGUACCAGCAUUCCAUUCAGUACUUCCUUCAUGUUGUUAAGUGUGAGUUGUCUUGUAUCUCAGUUCAACUUCCUGUUACUUCUGUUUCCAAGUUCUUCAUUUGCAUUUAUACUGCAAACACAGAACAUCCACAUAGGCUACUUUGUUUUUCUGUUCACUUUCAUUUACUGAUACAGUGGGGAGAACAAGUAUUUGAUACACUGCCGAUUUUGCAGGUUUUCCUACUUACAAAGCAUGUAGAGGUCUGUAAUUUUUAUCAUAGGUACACUUCAACUGUGAGAGACGGAAUCUAAAACAAAAAUCCAGAAAAUCACAUUAUGAUUUUUAAGUAAUUAAUUUGCAUUUUAUUGCAUGACAUAAGUAUUUGAUACAUCAGAAAAUCAGAACUUAACAUUUGGUACAGAAACCUUUGUUUGCAAUUACAGAGAUCAUACGUUUCCUGUAGGUCUUGACCAGGUUUGCACACACUGCAGCAGGGAUUUUGGCCCACUCCUCCAUACAGACCUUCUCCAGAUCCUUCAGGUUUCGGGGCUGUCGCUGGGCAAUACAGACUUUCAGCUCCAUCCAAAUAUGUUCUAUUGGGUUCAGGUCUGGAGACUGGCUAGGCCACUCCAGGACCUUGAGAUGCUUCUUACGGAGCCACUCCUUAGUUGCCCUGGCUGUGUGUUUCGGGUCGUUGUCAUGCUGGAAGACCCAGCCACGACCCAUCUUCAAUGCUCUUACUGAGGGAAUGAGGUUGUUGGCCAAGAUCUCACGAUACAUGGCCCCAUCCAUCCUCCCCUCAAUACGGUGCAGUCAUCCUGUCCCCUUUGCAGAAAAGCAUCCCCAAAGAAUGUUUCCACCUCCAUGCUUCACGGUUGGGAUGGUGUUCUUGGGGUUGUACUCAUCCUUCUUCUUCCUCCAAACACGGCGAGUGGAGUUUAGACCAAAAAGCUCAAUUUUUGUCUCAUCAAACCACAUGACCUUCUCCCAUUCCUCCUCUGGAUCAUCCAGAUGGUCAUUGGCAAACUUCAGAUGGGCCUGGACAUGCGCUGGCUUGAGCAGGGGGACCUUGCGUGCGCUGCAGGAUUUUGAUCCAUGACGGCAUAGUGUGUUACUAAUGGUUUUCUUUGAGACUGUGGUCCCAGCUCUCUUCAGGUCAUUGACCAGGUCCUGCCGUGUAGUUCUGGGCUGAUCCCUCACCUUCCUAAUGAUCAUUGAUGCCCCACGAGGUGAGAUCUUGCAUGGAGCCCCAGACCGAGGGUGAUUGACCAUCAUCUUGAACUUCUUCCAUUUUCUAAUAAUUGCGCCAACAGUUGUUGCCUUCUCACCAAGCUGCUUGCCUAUUGUCCUGUAGUCCAUCCCAGCCUUGUGCAGGUCUACAAUUGUAUCCCUGAUGUUCUUACACAGCUCUCUGGUCUUGGCCAUUGUGGAGAGGUUGGAGUCUGUUUGAUUGAGUGUGUGGACAGGUGUCUUAUAUACAGGUAACGAGUUCAAACAGGUGCAGUUAAUACAGGUAAUGAGUGGAGAACAGGAGGGCUUCUUAAAGAAAGACUAACAGGUCUGUGAGAGCCGGAAUUCUUACUGGUUGGUAGGUGAUCAAAUACUUAUGUCAUGCAAUAAAAUGCAAAUUAAUUACUUAAAAAUCAUACAAUGUGAUUUUCUGGAUUUUUGUUUUAGAUUCCGUCUCUCACAGUUGAAGUGUACCUAUGAUAAAAAAUUACAGACCUCUACAUGCUUUGUAAGUAGGAAAACCUGCAAAAUCGGCAGUGUAUCAAAUAUUUGUUCUCCCCACUGUAUAUGUGUGACUGAAAUUAUUAUGACCUUAGACUUUGGAAUAUAACUUUGAAUGACCCCAUUAGGAGCUAUGGAUAAACAUAAAUCAUUUCUUCAGGAAACAGCUUUAACAGUUUUGUUUCACAUUGAAUGACCCAAGUGUGAAGAUUACCCAGCCUUGGACAUAAUGUGAUGACAACCUGUGUUACAUUUCCUCUUCCUGCAGAUGAGACCCAGGGAGACAAGGCCAAGCAGAGCAUCAGGGCAAAGUGUGCAGAGUACCUGGAUCGAGCAGAGAAGCUGAAGGAAUACUUGAAGAAGAAGGAUAAGGCCCCUCCAGCCAAGCCUGUCAAAGAGUCCGGCUCUGAUGAUAAAGGGUGAGUGAGCAUAUGGAAUCCUGAGAUUCCUGUUAUAAUCCUCACCAAUCCUUCAUUCUGAUCUGAUUCUUGGUUAUUUUGGACUGUGUUUAUACUUUUUGUGUGUCCCUUAGGUGGGCCUCCUUAUCAGUACAGUGAGGUCAAACUACUUUGCCUUUUAUUUUGCAGGAAUGACAGUGAUGAAGGUGAAGGUGACCCAGAGAAAAAGAAGUUUAAAAAUCAACUCUCAGGUCAGUUAUAUCAUCAGCUACUUCACUUUUCAGCAUUUUUAGUGUGGCUCAUACAAAGCUUUGAUGCAGCCCUGUGACACUGAAUCUGUAUUUGAUUUGUAUGAUAAAAAGCGAUAUUCGCCGUUAGGAGUGUGAACAUUUAAACGAAAUUGGGAUCAUUAACGUUUACAAAAAUCCCUAACCAAAAAACGAUGUUCACAGUGCAGUUAUCACAAAACUACCACAAACCGGUCCCGAUCAUCAUCAUAAAGGGGAACAAAUAAAAAUAAUGAAUACUUAACCCAACAAUGCUGGAAUGUGAGUAGGAGGAGAAAUGCUUCUUUCAAGUUAUUUCCAACAGAUAUAAAGCACUCCACACAUCAUCAUUGUUAACAGUUAGACAAAUGUCAGGUGAGACAGGGAAGCGACAGCAGCGAAGUCCUUUAUGGCAAUACUUUAAGAAUUUAAAUGAGAAGGUGGUGAAAUGCAAACUUUGCGAGAUGGAAUUGAGCUAGUGCAGAGGCAGAACAAGUGCAAUACUAAAACAUCUGAAAGGGAGACAACAUGACCGUGAGACCCAACCCAUUGCUGGCAGCAACGCAGGCCCCCAACAACAGACAUUAGAAAGGCUCUUCACAUGAAAGAAGUGUGAUAAGGGAUGGAGUGAGAAAAUCACAGCGCUGAUUACAGAAAUCAUUGCAGUUGAUAUGCAGCCAUUGUCAAUGGUACAGAAUGUCGGCUUCAAUGCCCUGAUGGCAUAUCUAGAACCAGACUACAAGAUUGUACAGUGAUUGUACAAGUUGUACAGUGAAAUUGUAAAAAAAUCAUUGUACAGAAAUUGUACAAUAAUUGCUCUGCAAGUACAACGGUCGAAAUCUCAAACACCAUACGUGGCGUUAGCAACAGAUUGUUGGACGUCUAUGAACACGCUGUCAUACAUCACUGCAACGAGCCAUCACCUAGAUGAGAAGUGGGACAUGAAGUCCCAUGUACUAACCACUGAGAACAUGGAGGAGAGGCACACAGCAGAGAACCUAAAGAUGGCGUUAACUACCUUCGUUGUUGAAUGGGUGGGGGACAGCAGUAAGGUGAGCGCCGUCUGGUAGCCAUGACUGCGGUAGAUUGAACUGCAUUGCCCCCUAGCGGUCAUACACAGGACCAUGUCUGCAUUGUGAAUUCACAUGUCAUAAACAUGUUUAAACAGAAGAAAAUGGCACUUUAAAUGUUAAGAACAUUUGUACAUUUGUUACAUCCCUAUUUGCCGUACUACAUUUCACCGACUUCUAUCUAUGUUACAGGGGCCAUCGUCAUGGAAAAGCCAAACAUCAAGUGGAAUGAUGUAGCUGGGCUUGAGGGUGCAAAGGAGGCCCUUAAAGAAGCUGUCAUCUUGCCCAUCAAAUUCCCUCACCUCUUCACAGGUAUGGAUUAUGGAAUUCAUGCAACACAUAACAUUCUAGAUAUUAACACACGUAUUGUGACUUGCAGCAGUGCAUCUGAAGAGUAAAUCGUUUUCCAUAAAGAAUAACUGAGUGUAUUUGUCUUUGGUGGCCAGGAAAGCGAACUCCAUGGAGAGGGAUCCUGCUGUUUGGCCCUCCUGGUACAGGGAAGUCUUAUCUGGCCAAGGCUGUGGCCACAGAAGCCAACAACUCCACCUUCUUCUCUAUCUCCUCCUCUGACCUGGUGUCCAAGUGGCUGGGGGAGAGUGAAAAGUGAGUGAUGGGGCAAGGAGGGUGGGCAGGUUGCUAUGCAAUCAAAUCAAUAUAAUAUUUUAAAGGAUAUUGCUCAUGCAUACCUAUCUCUCUCCUUCUCCUCUGUAUUCUUCUCCCACACCGUCCAUUGGUCUCAUAUCCACUCUCCACAACUCUUUCUGUCUUCAGGUUGGUGAAGAACCUGUUCAGCCUGGCCAGGGAGAAUAGGCCCUCCAUCAUCUUCAUCGACGAGAUAGACUCUCUGUGUGGAUCCAGGAGUGAGAACGAGAGUGAAGCAGCCCGCCGCAUCAAGACUGAGUUCCUGGUCCAGAUGCAGGGUGAGAGAGCCUGCCACCAGGCUGACAGACUGUACAGUUUACACAAAGCCUGGCCUCAGAUCCUGUUUACCUUGUACCUUGAGUAUUGACACAACUGUUUUGUCCACUAUGUCAUUUGGCACUGAACCUUUUUGUUGGUGUCACCAGAACAACUAAACUACAAUAUUUUUGCUAGAUUUUGGCUUUCCGUUUGACUGAAUCAGCUGUAUAUUUAAAUAAUUCUCUCUCUUCUCCCAGGUGUUGGAAAUGACAAUGAGGGAGUCCUGGUUCUAGGAGCCACAAACAUCCCCUGGACCCUGGACUCUGCUAUUAGGAGAAGGUCAGUGUAUAUUUAUCUUCUGAUGAUCUCAAGUCCUUUAUCUUAUUGUGAAGAUGUAUUAUUCACAAUUUUUGGACCAAGUGCCUCUUAUUAAACAGAUUGUUAAACCUUAGAGAUAAAGAAUGGGAUGACCCUUGCUGCAUCACCAUAUGAACAUUCCCAUAUCAGAUAUCACUGUCGUGUUUCUGUGCCUCAGGUUUGAGAAGCGGAUCUACAUCCCUCUGCCUGAGGAGCACGCCCGCUCCUUCAUGUUCAAGCUGCAUCUGGGCUCCACCCCCAGUGAGCUCACUGAAUCAGACUAUGUGACCCUGGGUAAGAAGACGGAAGGCUACUCUGGAGCAGACAUCAGUGUCAUCGUAAGGGACGCCCUCAUGCAGCCAGUCAGGAAGGUGCAGUCGGCCACUCACUUUAAACGGGUAUGUGACAGUCUGACAUUCAACAGGGACAGGGCUCACCUAGGUGCAGUGAAUUUUAAUUGAUUUAGUUUUCAUCAUCUGAUAGUUGUGAAGGAAGCAUUGAGUCAUACGAAUGCUCUGUCAAUGAAACAUCAGCAAUCACAAAUCCAUGUCCCAUUUCUGCCCAUGUGUUCUCCUUCAUACACCCAGGUCCAAGGGUCAUCAUGGAACCAUCCCAACCUCGUGGUAGACGACCUCCUGACCCCAUGCUCACCAGGAGAUCCAGACGCCAUUGAGAUGACCUGGAUGGAUGUUAAUGGGGAGAAACUCAUGGAGCCGAUUGUUUGCAUGGUAAGAAGAACCCCAGAAAUAUAUAUAUUUUUGGUUUUGAACAUGAGGGAGCAAGUAUGUGAUGCUAACUGACCCUUGUGAUGUGCUGUUCACAGGCUGAUAUGCUGAGGUCACUGCACAACACCAAGCCAACUGUGAACGAGCAGGACUUGGACAAGCUCAAGAAGUUCACAGAGGACUUUGGUCAGGAGGGCUAACACUCAACCAAAUAAUGCAAAAGCAACUUUCCUUUCUCAUAUCCUUUUCCUCCACUGGUUCUCAGGCCUGUAUUUACUACUCUACUUUCUCUCCACAAGUAGCAAAGGGGCUUCAUGUUUCAUGUAUGUUUAUUUGUUGACUUAUUUUGUUAGUUGCCAAUACAUACCCAUAGUAUAAUAUUUUUUUGUUUUUUUUACAAAGACAGAUAAGGUUGAAGAUGGUGAUGGUCUCAAAGAAUAUGGAUUCAAGCAAAGUAUUUAUAAUUGAUGGUUUAAAACACUAAAGUGUCUGUUUUGGCCUUGAUGGCAUCAAACAAACAAUGCAUGCUAUUGUGCAUUACAGUAACUACUCCAAAAGGCCUUUACUCCUUUAAGUGCAUCUAUGGUUUGACAACAUGGAUGAGGAUUGCCUGUUUUGUUGUACUGUAAUGUGUUAGGACCUUGUUUACCAAGGUUUUCUCUUUUUUUUUUUAAAUAUAUCAUUUUUCUUACCAAGAAGGGCUAUGUCUGUGAUUUUGACUCUGUUGAUGGAGCAGCACUCAUUGAUGAGGACCAUAACUACCAGCAACUUUAAUGAUUACAAUUUUCUUUCAUCAGUUUUCAUGUAGAGUAUAUUCAUAUUGUUUUUCUGUAUGCUGUUUUUGAAAGAAGAUGUUAGUCUGAGUGCCUUGCUGGUCAAAAGAAAGUAAAAGUACUUUGGAAUGGGUUGGUGGGGGUAUGUCAUAAUGUAAUAAAACCCAAUGAUUAUUGAUCUUGAAGGGAAAUCAGUAAUUGAAUGAGCAAUAAUCCUUGGUCAAGUGUUUUUAGACCCCUUAAAUUGUACUUCCCACAUCUUUGCACACUUCAAAUGUGUUGUACAUGUUGUGCCUUGAAAAAGAAUCAAUGUAUAUCCUCUCUCACUUCCCACUAUAGCCAAUGAAACUUCAGAUACCCUAUAAAAAAACACAUAUUCAGACAGUUCCUUACUUGGUAAUGAUUGUGUACAGCUGUGUUUCUAGAACUUCAGACUUUUCUUUUCAAGAAAAAAAAGUAUAAACCUCAAUGUACAGUAGUCUUUUAUUUUCUCAAUUGAGCAGUUUACAUAUUGUCUGGUAACUGGG